AUGCAGCAGCUACACCCGCCGACCCCCCGAUUGCCUCCUGGGGGUCCGGCGAGUGCUGCAACAGCAACGACAGCAGCAGCAGCAGCCGCUGCUGCUGCGUACAGAACAGCAAUGAUACAACCAUCAGGUAACGCUGCUACUGCUACUUCUUCCUGUCUAUUAUCAACACCUCCUUCUACGGGAGCGCCUCCAGGAGGUGGACCGCCCCCCCCCUCGGGUGGCGCUGCUUGUGCUGGUGCUGCUCCUGCUGCUGCUCCUACUGCUGGUGCUGGUGCUGCUGGAGCUGUUCGUGGAAGUGUUGCAUGCGAAAGCGGCGUUUCUUCCAGCGGCUUUGUUGGCGGUUCCGCCGCGGAGCGUUGGGUUCAGCCUGGCUCUUCUUCCUCACCAGUAGCAGCAUCAUCUGGCGCAGCAACAACAGCUGCAGCAGCAGCAUCCGGCGCAGCAGCAGCAGCAUCCGGCGCAGCAGCAGCAGCAGCAGGAGAAGCAGGAGGAUCUCUUCCUGGUUUUCGAGGUUCUUCAACUCUUCAUUCAUUGGAGACGUAUGUGAUGGGGGAGGGGCCUCGGGUGACGACUGCUGCUGGAUAUCGUUUUGGCUUAACUCGGCCGAUAUCCCUUAAGACAGGAUCCACAGCAGAUUUGCAUAAAAGCGUGGAGUUAGUGCGGGUGUUGCGACACCAGGGGGUGUAUGAAACAGCAGCAGGAGCGCGCGAGAAAGAGACAGUGCUUGCAGAGUUGAAUAAGCUGCUAGGAGAGUGGAUAGUUGAGUGUGGAAUUGAACAGGGUUUAGACGCUGCAGAAGCACGAGAGGCUGGGGGGAAGAUCUUUACCUUUGGUUCCUAUCGUUUGGGUGUAUGUACACCUGGGAGCGACAUUGAUGCACUUUGUGUCUGCCCUAAGCACGUCUCCCGGGAGGCCUUCUUUUCUGCAUUUCUUCUAAAAUUACAGGAAGAUCCUCGCGUAACAAAUAUAACUCCUGUUCCGGAUGCAUACACCCCAGUGUUGAAGUUUAAAUUUUCGGGGGUAGAGAUUGAUUUAUUAUUUGCCCGGUUGGCGUUGCGGUGUAUCCCGAGCUCGUGGGUUGGCUUAGGCGCAGAUGAAGUGCUGCGGCAUACAGACGAGAAGACAGCGCGGAGUUUAAAUGGCUCUCGCGUUGCAGAUUUGUUGCUGCAGUUAGUUCCUAAUGCAACAGUUUUCAGGACAAGUUUGCGUUUCAUCAAGCAAUGGGCAAAGGCCCGUGGGUGGGCGUGGAGUAGAAGCCCAGUUUGUCUAUGUAAAAUCAAAGAGCCGCAAACAAUCAAAGGAAUUCCUGAAUUCAAAGUUUGGAAUCCUCAGCUGUAUGUGCAGGACCGUCAUCAUUUGCUGAAGAUCAUAACGCCUGCAUUUCCAGCGAUGAAUUCUACUCACAACGUUUCUUACUCAACGAAGAGAGUAAUUUCUGAAGAGCUUGAAGCCGCAGCAAAGCGCUUCGGGGCUUGGGCAGCAGCAGCAGCUCCUGCAGCAACAUCAGCGCCUGGAGCAGCAGCAGCAGGAGCAGCAGCAAAGGAACCGCAGCAGACGCUGCAGGCGUGGAGGGAAGUGCUGCUUGAUGUACUUACCCCGGUGGAUUAUAUGGCAAUGUUCAGCCACUUCUUAGAAUUGCAAGUCUUAGCUAAAUCCGAAGCUGUACAGCGCAAGUGGAGAGGAUGGGUGGAGUCGAAGGUGCGGCAUUUAGUUCGCUCCUUAGAGCGGCUGAGUCAUAGCAGCAGCAGCAGCAGCAGCAGCAGCAGCAGAGAGCUGCAGAUGACCAUCAGGCCUCUCCCCCUCAUAUUCCCCUCACAGGAUGCAGAGUGGGCUGAGAGUUCAUCGAUGUUAAUUGCGCUGACAUUCGCGAGCCCAAAGGCAGGAGAAGCUGUCUGCGAUCUGCGGCCCGCCAUCGCGAGAUUCCCCCGUUCAUCUCUUGGGGUAUUCGGGUUCCGAUUGCGUGCGCAGGAAUUCGUCGAGUUGAUAAAUGGAUGGCCGGAACGCCCAAAGUUGGUUGGGUCUAUUCAACUUCGCGUUCGCCAUUUGCGGCGUUCUCAGUUAUCGACAGAAAUAAUUAAAACUCUAAAAAGUGCUGUUGAAGCACAUCAGCAGUUAGUCGAGCAGCUAAAGCCUAAUGCUGCUGCUCCUGCUGCUGCUGCUGCUGCUGCUGCUGCUGCUAAUGCUGCUUCAGGAGCCGCCGGAGCGCUGAGCGCCGAGGCGGGAGCGGAUUUCAAUCCUGCUGCUGAUCUUGCUGCUCCUGCAUCCCAGCAGCAGCAGCAGCAGCAACAGCAACAGCAGCAACGGAUUGACAGCGCAAAGCGAACAGCUGCGCAGGCAGCAGCCGCAGCGCCAAGUCUGCGGCAGCAGCAGUGCUGCUGUAGCGGGAGCAGAAGCAACAGGCAGCAAAGCCCGCGUGCGGCCUUCCUCAUUAGAGAAGCGCGCGCAGCAGCAGCAGCAACAGCAGCCGCAGUAGUGACGGUGGCUGCAGGAGCUGCAGCAGCAGCAACGACCGCAGCAGCUACAGCAGCGAGAGCUGCAGCAGCGACAGCAGCAGCUGCAGUAGCGAUGGCAGCGGCUGCAGCAGCAGCGGCGACAACAGCAGCAGCAGCGACAGCAGCAGUUGCAGCAGCAGCAGCGACAGCAGCAGCUGCAGCAGCGAUAGCAGCAGCUGCAGCAGCAGCUGUGACAGCAGCAGCUGCAGCAGCGAUAGCAGCAGCUGCAGCAGCAGCUGUGACAGCAGCAGCAGCUGUGACAGCAGCAGCAGCAGCAGCUGUGACAGCAGCAGCAGCUGUGACAGCAGCAGCAGCUG